AUGUCCGAACCUUCGAACACAAAACAGCAGAUCCACCACAUCACAUAUCCAGACUUAGAGGACUUUGUCCGUCGAGUGUUGGUAGGAAAUGGUGUUCCUGAUAAGCAUGCUGCCAUUGUCGCCAAUUGCCUGGUGCAGGCCGACUUACGCGGCGUCGACACUCACGGCUCCAACCGCAUCCCCUCAUACAUGCAAAGAAUCCGACAAAAGGUUCUAGACCCAUCAUCGUCUCCAGAGCUACAGCAGAUUACUCCAGUCGCAGCAUCUGUGGAUGGCAAAAACACCUUCGGCUUCGUCUCCGCCCACCUAGCGAUGCAGAGGGCCAUCGAGAUGGCCCAGGAGUUUGGACUAGGUCUAGUCUCCGUCAAGCACUCCAAUCACUUUGGCAUGUCGGCCUGGCUCGUGCAGCAGGCGAUCGACGCAGGCAUGAUGUCCCUAGUCUUCACAAAUUCCUCCCCUGCGCUCCCUGUGUGGGGCGGCAUGUCCAAGCUCAUGGGGGUAUCGCCAAUCGCAUGCGGCGCGCCUGCGGGGAAGGAGCGCCCGUUUAUCCUAGACAUGGCGCCGUCCGUUGCGGCGAGAGGGAAAAUUUACAAGGCGCUCCGCCGCGGGGAGAAGAUCCCCACGGACUGGGCACUCGAUGGCGAUGGCAACAUCACGGACGAUCCCGCCAAAGCACUCGAGGGCGUGAUGUUGCCGAUGGGCGGACCCAAAGGAUCCGCUCUCGCUAUCAUGAUGGACGUUUUCUCUGGUGUGCUCUCGGGUUCCGCGUUUGCUGGGAACGUAACCGGUCCGUAUGACCCGUCAAAGCCGGCAGACGUCGGUCACUUUUUGAUGGCUAUCAAACCGGAUCUGUUCGUGAGUCUGGAGGACUUUAAGGCUCGCAUGGACUACUUGUAUCAGCGGGUAGUUGGGAGUGAUAAGAUGGCAGGUGUAGACCGCAUCUACUAUCCUGGAGAGAUUGAACAAAUUACGAGGGAGAAGCGGUUGGUGGGGGGAAUUCCGUUUACAGAAGCAGAAAUUGAGAGCCUCAACAAGGAAGCGGAGCUAGUGGGAGUUGAGAAGUUGAAGUACGAUGAUGUAGGUACCCUGUGA